AUGGAUGGUAAGGAAGGGCCAGUCAGCAAGAGCCAGGUCACCCACCGGAGAGCGCAGGGCGGCAGUCUUGCGGGCGCGGUGGACGAGAGGAGGAACAGCGAGAAGGAAGGCGGAGCGCAGCAGAACGGCGGCAAGCAAAACGGAGGCAAGCAAAGCGGCGGUGAACAGAAUGGCGGCGCGCAAAGCCGCGGCGAGGCAAACGGACUGGAGGGAGAAAAGAUAAAAAUCAGCACGAGGAGCAUAGUCCUGUUCCAAGUGCUGCUCUUCCUAGUGUUUUUUUUCGUGCUGCUGAUCGGGUCAUUUAACUUCAGCUUUAAGCUUUUCCAAGUGAGGGAAAAGCACCUGUACGAGCUCCUGGACAGCAUAAAGGACUUGCCCUCCUGUGGGUAUGCGCCUUACCCCACAAGGGGUGAAGAGGGCGAAGGGCCCGUCCGUCACGAAAACCCAGAGCAGCUGAUCGACUCCACGAGCGACCUUUCGAGCGAAAACUUAAAUUUCAAGUACUAUUUCACGCGAGGGAAGCAUUACAAAAAGGCGGAAAAGAAGGUGACCAAGGAGAAGAAUGGCAGUAACAGCGGCGGCAGUAGCGGCGGCAGUAGCGGCGGCAGUAGCGGCGGCAGUAAUAAUGGCAACAGUGGCAACAGCGCGGAUAUAAAGAUAUUCAUUUGCCUGAAUAAAAAGAAAAAACUGUUCCAGUUCACCAACUUCUACGACGCCCUGCUGAGGGGCAAAAAAUGCGCAUUCAAAAUUGUCACCUUUUUUUUUAACGAAAUAUGGAACGCCUUUUUUGCCAAAGAAUUGGACAGCUCCAGCGAUGGACAGGCGGAGCAGCUUCUGAAUGGCGACUAUGUAAAACUCGGCGGGGAAGUCGCUGCGACGUACGUCCGCUUCAGCAAGCUAAUGCGCGUUACCAACUCGUAUAGGAAGAAGUACUACGUCGAUAUGGAGUCCCUCUUUUACCUCUACCUGGACGACAUAUGCUUCUACCACGACAUCGCCUCCUUGGGGGGAGCCCCCCCCCCGCAGCAGCGGCAGUCGCAGCAGCAGCGGCAAUCGGAGCAGCAGCGGCAUUCGGAGCAAUCGCAACCGCCGCAGCAACCGCGGACGAAACGAGACAUCACCCUGCUGGUAAAGCACAUAAGCAAAUACCUGAAGGACGAAGUGCUGCUGAACAUGCUGCACACGCUGUACCUCGGCGUGUGCGUGGACGGCGCGGUUAUUGCGAACUCCUCCAAGGGGGGGCAAAAAGACGCGAAAAAAAGAGAAGAUAAAAGAACAACCCUCCCCGCCGCCACAAACAACGCACACAUUUUGGAAAACAUCAAAACGUACGAAGGCUACUACGAGGCGUACCACAAAAUGGAGGCAAUGCGAAACGCAAGCAGGCACAGCAUUUUUCUGAGCAGAAUAAGGAAGAAAAUAAAAACGAUAGCCAGUUUGAAGAGCCUAAAUGGGUGUUUCAAAAAGUACAUUGCAAAUUUAAAAACAAUUCCUUUUUACUUUUUCCUGGAUGAUUUUUUUGACACCCCCUGUUAUGUAUACAACAAAUUAAUUAGCAACAUAUUAAGAUAUUAUUACAAAGGAAUAUUCCUCUAUUUUAUUAUUCUCCUGGGAUGCAUUCACGUGUUUUUUUCUCCCUUCCCAAUUACGUUGGUACACUUUCGGAGGUUCUUUAUUUACUUUUUAAUAAUCAUGUAUCGCCUCUUCAUUUUGUAUUUCAUCCCAUCCAUAAUUCAGUACAUCAUUUAUAAGUUUCACUAUUUCAAAGAGGAGGAGCACAUGCAUAUUUUUGACUACUCAGAUCACGUGAUUUUAUUUUCCACCCUUUUGUUUAUUAUAUCUCUUGAGACCAAGGCUAUUGAAUAUACCAUCAAACAUCAGAAGGUCAGCUCGGAGUACUUCCAUUUUAAAUACAACAGAAAAUUGUGUGUGUUGUUAUUAAAAUUUAUUUUGCUUUACUAUUAUGUUCUUAUUUUUUUUUUCCUUUAUACCAGUUAUUUUACUUCUAAAUAUUUCCAUACCACCAACGAAAUUUUCGUUGCCUAUUUUUUUUCCACAUUUUCCAUAUUUUUUAUUUUUUACUUUUGUUUAUAUAAAAAUUAUUUCAGUUUUUACAGCAUAGGGAUUACUUCCUAUGUGCAGAAGGACGCCCUCCAUGCGCCCCCCCACUCCUUUCACGCUUCCCCCUACAUCUACAGCGCCUACGCCUCCCUGCGGGAUAAGUUCCCCGUGGAGUGA